AUGGCGCCCUCAGCCUCCGAAACCUCAAUCCUCAUCCCCAUAAACUACACCCCCAACACCACCCUGCCCCGAACCUUCACCCCGCUCUCCCUCUUCGCACUCUCCUUCACAAUCCUCAACUCCUGGGGCGUCCUCUCCGCCUCCCUCCCGCUAUCCCUAAGCAGCGGCGGUCCCAGCGCCGCCAUAUGGGGUCUCCUAAUCGUGGGAGCCGGGAACCUGUGUCUCGCGACCUCACUCGCAGAAUUCCUAUCCGCGUACCCUAGUGCUGGGGGACAGUACCAUUGGGUCUACCUCACCGCGCCCCCGAAAUACGCGCGUUGUCUCGCUUGGUUGACGGGCUGGGUUACGGUGUUUGGAUGGAUUGCGGUUGCGGCGUCGGCGAGUUUGUUGAGUAGUCAGUUGGUUGUUGGAUUAGUCGUGCCGAGGGAGGAGGGCGUCGAGGUUGGUCCCUUGGGCAAGUUUGGCAUGUAUGCGGUUAUGACGCUGGUUUUCUUUGCGGUGAAUGUUUGGAUGAGUAAGGGUUUGCCGGCGUUGAAUAAGGUUGGGCUUUUGGCGAGUGUUACGGGGUUAUUGGUUAUUCCUGUCGUCGCGUUGACGUGUAGUUGGGGGCGUUGGGCGGAGCCGGAGUUUGUGUUUGGUGGAUUUAUUAAUGAGACGGGUUGGCCAGAUGGCAUCGCGUGGCUUAUUGGAUUCCUCCAAGCUGGAGUUGCGCUGAAUGGCUUUGAUGCCGUUUCUCAUGUGAUUGAAGAAAUACCAAAUGCGCCCGCCGUAGGACCAAAGGUCAUGAUCGGCUCCGUAGCCAUGGGCAUUCUUACGGGAUUUUACUUUCUCGUCACGAUAUUAUUCUCAUCUGGAGGCGCCGAUGAAAUUGAGAACAUCAUUCACUCACCACUUGGCCCUCUAAUGGUAAUCCUUUAUAACUCAACCGGUAGUCACGCCGUUGCGACUGCUCUCCUUGUAUUUCUCUUCAUAUGUGGGUCUUUCGGUGGCAUUGCCAUCACGACAACAAGUAGCCGGAUGGUCUUCGCAUUUGCACGCGACGGGGGUCUCCCCGCAAGCCACAUCUUCGAGCAAGUUCACGCACGGUACGACAUCCCAUUCAAUGCGCUCUGCUUAUCAGCCAUCCUAACCGGCUUACUCGGCUGCAUAUUCCUCAUAUCAUCAACGGCGUUCAGCGCGAUAAGCUCCGCCUCGGUCGUGACUCUAACCCUCUCAUAUUGCCUACCAGUAAUCACCAAUUGCGCACAAGGCCGAAAGAAGCUCCCAGCAAGAGUAUUCGCUCUCCCACAUACUCUAGGCUGGAUCAUUAAUAUUGUGGGAAUUUCGUAUGCCUUAUUAACAAGCGUUCUUUUCCUACUUCCGGCACAGUAUCCCAUCACGCGAGACACUAUGAACUACGGCUCCGUCGCACUUGCUUUGGUAUUAUUUCUUUCGGUCGCAUCAUGGAUGACGCAUGGUAGAAAGAGUUAUGCCGGUUCGCCUACGCUUGGGAAUAGACAAAUUUCCGAUUUAAUGAAUCGGGAGUUUGAGCAAGAGUCGGCACCCAUACUAAGAACGGGAGAUAGUCGGAAUAUAGGAUACGAAUAG